AUGGUUGCGAUAAUAGAUGCUCUUAUCAACUCCCUAGGCGAACUUUCUAAGCGGAAGGUGAAGCGUUCGGCACAUAUUUGGGGGUCAAGACUUGCCCAAAUAUAUAAUAGAAGGAAAGCAAUUGCUCCAAAACAAGUACCCAGAAUCGUUAGAUGUAUCGUAGACAACCGCCUGGAAAGUCAUACAAAGGGUAGAAAUAUAAUCCAACACUUUGCUAAUAACCUUACGCAGUUGGAAACACUAGGAAACAGUGACCUAGCUGCCCUUUGUUACGCAUUCAUAGUAGUAGGUGAAGAUUCCAUUGCAAGGAACCUGCUCCAACACCACUGCAAAAAGACACCUUCUAUCGCAGAGAAUAUUCAAGGAUUGGCAGAAGUAAUUAGAACCAUAGCGCUUGUUGCUUCUCGCCAACGUGCAGAAAAACACAGUAACCAAAACAACCUAAAGCUCACGGAGGAAGACACUGAUAUCUGCGACCGAGUAUUAGAAGAAGCCGCCAACAGGCUGCGCACGCUGCAACAUGGUAUAAACACCAGUUGCAGUGAGUGCGCAGCUGCAGGAGAACUUUUGGCUGAGAGCCUUUUCCUUAGUCAAUUGCGAAAUAGAAGUGAUUCCGUUUUCCCUGGAGCAUACCACUGGAUAGAAGAUGCACCCAUUGGUAGUCGUGUACGCAUAUCACAUCUUCUCUCAAAUGACCAAAAGCUCAUUUUAGAAAAACAAAUUGCCGCAGCCACCUACGCUGAGACCUUAUCCGUACUGAGAUACAUCUAUCAUAUGCGACAUAACCAACAAACACAUCUACAACAGCUUUUCACUAGGUUAUGCGCCACUACUGGUCAGUCAACACGAAUGUGCCGAGCUGAGGCAAAUGAAACUUUGGACCAUUUUAUUCGCACACUACAAUCUCCCCAUGGCCAUAAGAGGGUACAUUCAAACGAUAUAAACAAAGCCCUACUUGAAUAUCUCAUAGGCAUAAGACGAUCAGGUGUACUCAAUAGAGGCCAUGUGUCAUCACAUAGGUGGAACUAUCCCGUAAUGUUCUAA